ACGUGCCGUAAAUGGCUGCCUCCAUGUCAUGAAUGUGAGACCGACAAAGAUUAACGUUUUAUUUGCCUCCCUAAAUUACUGACGACGUAAACGUGCCAAAUAUCGCAAAGCCUUUUGCAGUACAGACCUGCGACAGACUGAUUGCAGUUUGGCAUCAGCCGUCACUUUCAUCCAAAUGAAGGACGGCAAGGAGAACUCCAACGCCACCUUUGGAAGCUUCACCACAAAUCUGGACCACACCAAGCCAUGCUGGUACUGGGACAAAAAGGAUCUGGCCCAUACGCCGUCCCAGUCAGACAGCCUUGACCCAGCCACAGAAGCUCGGUACAGACGAGAGGGAGCCAGGUUCAUCUUUGAUGUCGGAACACGUUUGGGACUACAUUAUGACACCCUGGCGACUGGAAUAACAUACUUUCAUCGGUUUUACAUGUUUCAUUCUUUCAAACAGUUCCCCAGAUAUGUUACCGGGGCUUGUUGUCUUUUUCUGGCUGGUAAAGUGGAAGAAACCCCCAAGAAGUGCAAAGACAUCAUUAAAACUGCUCGCAGUCUGCUCAACGAUGUGCAGUUUGCACAGUUUGGAGAUGACCCAAAGGAGGAGGUCAUGGUGUUGGAGAGAAUUUUACUCCAGACAAUCAAGUUUGAUUUACAAGUUGAACACCCCUACCAGUUUCUGCUGCGCUACGCUAAACAGCUGAAAGGUGACAAGAACAAAGUUCAGAAGCUUGUACAGAUGGCGUGGACAUUUGUCAAUGACAGCCUCUGCACAAUGCUGUCGCUUCAGUGGGAGCCAGAGAUCAUAGCAGUAGCGGUGAUGUACCUUGCUGGCCGUCUUUGCAAGUUUGACAUUCAGGAGUGGACUUCUAAGCAGUCGUCUCGCCGCUGGUGGGAGCAGUUUGUACAGGACGUCCCAGUGGAGUUACUGGAAGAUAUCUGCCACCAGAUACUGGAUUUGUACUCUCAGGGUAAGCAGCCGAUCCCCCAGCAGCCUCAGAUGCAGGACAAAGAGAAACCGCCACCCCCUCCUGCUGCUCCACCCAGCCAAUCAGGGGUGCAGAACCCACCCUCUCAACCUCCCUCCAAGAAAAACUCCCCCCAGGCCAGCCCUCCUGCCAAGAUUAAACGCCAACAUGUCUCUCCUAAAGAUGAACCUAAAGCUCCAGCAGAACAAGUUGGCUCUAAGAUACCACGUCUGGAGAGUCCCAUGCCACCUCUUCCUGUUUCUCAACCCCCUGAACGCAAGACUCAAUCUGCCAUCCCAGCACCUCCUGCUGAAGCCGAACCAGCCACGUCAUCAGAACUGGACCCAGCACAAGGACCUGCUCCUCCUCUGCCUCACGGAGCCCCUCCCCCUCUACCGCACCGCCCACCGCCCCCUCCACCCUCCAGCUACAUCAUGGGCAUGUCCACAUCUAGUUCCUACAUGUCGGGGGAGGGGUUUCAGAGUCUGCAGUCUAUGAUGAAGACCGAAGGGCCCUCCUAUGCACCCAUGCCCCCUUCAUACGGGAUAACGUAUCACCCACACGUCUAUGGGCAUGCAAACCCUCCACCUCCAGGUCCUCCGCCUCCUGCCAAUUACCCUCCUCCCAAUCUACCCCCGCCCACCCCAGCUUACCCUCCUCCAGGCUACAACCCCAGCUAUCCACCUCCACCCCCGCGCAUGCCACCAGGGCACAACGUGCCCCCACCGGGAAUGGGUUUACCGCCUGCUGGGUACCCUCCUCCUCCUGUCCCGCCUGGCCAGCCUCAGCUGCCGCCCCACGCCAUCACAGGAAUGAACAGAGGGGCAUGGAUGAGAUGAGAUGAGAUGAGAAGAUAAGACACGUGCCUGUGUACUAUACACGAAGAGUUCACAUCCAAAACCGACUGAUAUGUUCUAAAAUUAGCAUUUUUUUCUCAUCCUCCUGUCUGUUGGUUCAAUUAUUUCACUUUCAUGGUAAUCAAGAGUUUCCUUUUAUUGUAUUGAAAGUGAAAUAAGUGAAGAUAAACAGAGAAAGCUCAGAAAAAUGAUCAUUUUAGAUGCCAAUUAGAGGUUUUAGCAUCUGAACUCUACACCGUCAGGUUUCUAUGUAUUCUGAUGCUAGUUUUACAGGAAGGUAGAGACAUUUCUGCUUAAAUUGGAGUGUCAGGAAGUCUAUGAAAUACAACAGGCUUCCACUUGGGUUCAGGGUUUUACCGAUCUGUAGACUUCAUCUCCACUGAUCUGAUUUAAAAGGAUAAUUCAUCACUAAAAUGAAAAAUUGUCUUGUAUAUCUACUCAUCCUCCUGCUGAAGGGACAGUUCAUCCAUGAAUGUAACUUUUUUAACAUAAGGGUUGAUUAAUUUAAAUUUGUGGGUGAACUGUCCCUUUAAGUCUAACAAUAGCACAGACAAUGUGAAUCAAAUUUAAGAUGUUUUCAGUUUUAAAUGCUCUCACACUAGGAUGUUUUUUUGGAUUAGAGUGCACAAGUAGAUGCAUAAAUAGAUCUGACAGUAGGUAAAGAUUCAGAUUUUUUUGGUCGUUAGACUUGUAAGGCUUGCAUAGUGACAGCAUGUGCCGCUUUAUUUACAAUUAUUGUCUGUGCAUAUAAAAUUGUCACUAUUUACUCUCUCGAGUGUUUCCAAACCCCUAUGAUUUUCUUUCUUCUGUUGAACACCAAAUAAUUUAUUUAGAUGAUGUUAGAAAUUGUGUACUUCCAUAGUAUUUAUUUCUCUUACUUAUGGAAGUCAGUGGUUACCCGGUUAAGUGAAGGGUGAGUAAAUGACAGACCAGACAUUUUCAGUUUUGGGUGAACCAUCCCUUUAAAUUCAUUCGCAUCACCACUUGCAUUCCAAAUACCUUUCUAUGAAUGAAUUAUGAAUUCUUCAUUGUACAUAUGGUUUAUUCUGUAUUAUCUUAUCUUUAGAGUGUGUUUGUUUUUUGUUCGUUUGUUAUUUUCCCAGUCUUGUGUUCCUCUGGCUUACUUUUUAGUUAGUUUGUUUCAGACUUGUUAUUAUUAUUUCCUUAGCAAGAUUGGGAAAACGUCCCACAAAUCUUCCUUAGCAGUAUGUAAUUCAGAUGCAUCUCUGGCAUCUUUGACUGACCUGAGAUCAGGUGCAUUGAUUGGGCAUGUUGGUUUCAUAGUUUCCCAUAUGUGCCUUAGUUUGGUUUAUAGUUGAUUGGUGAGCGACUCUCUGUGCUUAACUAGUUUGUGUUUAACUGUUGAUUCUUUUAGGCUGAUAAUAAAAAAAAUGUGCAUUUGCUAAAUUGUGUCGUGUGUUACUGUUGAGUUUUACCAUUUUGGAAUCCAUUCAGCCGCUAUCCAAGUCUGGCGGGAGCAGAUUUAGCUUAGCUUAGCCUAGCAUCAUUGAAUCAGAUUUUACCAUUAGCUUCUUGCUAUGA